CAGUGAGAGAUAAAAACCAGGACACUCCUCUUCAUGUUUCUUUUAGCGACCAACUCUUACAACGAUCUCAAGCAGACCAGACAUUCCUUUACAGCGAACGAGCUCAGUCAGACUAGACGUGUUGUUCACAAGUUGCAGUGAUCUGAAUAAACCUCUGUAAUCAUCAUCACCAUGUGGGCUGAGAAUGAUUUGUAUCCAGGAGUGCCCUGUCUCCAGAGCUACUCAGAGCCUACUGAUGGGAAAGUGUACAGAAUGUAUCAUGGUACCUCUCGUCAGGCUGCUGAACAAAUCAUGAAAACCGGCUUUAAACAGUCUGCAGGCGGCAUGUUAGGGCGUGGUGUGUACCUCAGUCGGGAUCUUAAUAAGGCCAGUAGAUACCCUUUGGAGCUACCUGAGCACCAGAGAGUUGUUAUAAGGGUGAGAGUCAAUGUUGGGAGAGUGAAGAAAAUUGAUAAACAAGGUCACCCAAUGCAGAAAACCUGGCAUGAUCAUGGCUACGACACUGCUUGGUGUCCUCCUGGAUGUGGCAUGGUUCGAAGUGGUCUGGAAGAAGAUUGUGUUUGGGAUCCAAGACGCAUUGAGAUCACUGAUAUAAUUCGUCCAAGAACAACAUCAGGACCAUUCUAUGACUCGACCAACUCUUACAACGAUCUCAAGCAGACCAGAUAUUCCUUUACAGCGAACGAGCUCAGUCACACUAGACGUGUUGUUCACAAGACCUCUGUAAUCAUCAUCACCAUGUGGGCUGAGAAUGAUUUGUAUCCAGGAGUGCCCUGUCUUGAGAGCUACUCAGAGCCUACUGAUGGGAAAGUGUACAGAAUGUAUCAUGGUACCUCUCGUCAGGCUGCUGAACAAAUCAUGAAAACCGGCUUUAAACAGUCUGCAGGCGGCAUGUUAGGGCGUGGUGUGUACCUCAGUCGGGAUCUUGAAAAGGCCAGUAGAUACCCUUUGAUUCUGCCUGAGAACCAGAGAGUUGUUAUAAGGGUGAGAGUCAAUGUUGGGAGAGUGAAGAAAAUUGAUAAACAAGGUCACCCAAUGCAGAAAACCUGGCAUGAUCAUGGCUAUGACACUGCUUGGUGUCCCCCUAAAUGUGGCAUGGUUCCAAGUGGUCUGGAAGAAGAUUGUGUGUGGGAUCCAAGACGUAUUGAGAUCAUUGAUAUAAUUUGUCCGAGAACAACAUCAGGACCAUUCUAUGACUGCUAAUUUGUUGUAAAAAAAAACAAAACAAAAAAAAGAUAAAAUCAAA